AGGUACAUACUUACUUCGUAGGUACCCGUUCCCCUCGCCUCCCCUCCCCCAAACGGUCGGCGUACUUAAUGUACUAAUAUUAUUGAGGUACCUACAUACCUCCAUACAUAGCUAUCUACAUAUGUAUGUACUUAGCGUUGCAUGUACAUGUAUGUACAUAUGGGUAGCUGAAUCGGGAUAUGGGUCUAGAUAGUAUCCAUUCCAUAUCGAUUGGGACAAAUUCCGUAAAUUGCCUGGACGCUGGAUGAAUUGCUAGUCCCAAGCUAGAAAGCCAGAUAGCCUCAACUCUUAUCUUGCUCAGUAGAUCUUAUAAUCGUUUGGACCUGUUCUCGAAUGAUAUCUCUAAAAAUAAGAGGCAAGCGAUAAAGGAAGGCCACAAUUACCGGAGAUGGUGGCGAGAUGAGCCCCAAGAAAGUCCUCGAAAAGAAGGCCUCUAGCACCAAUGAUAAUCUCAACCAAGACAUGAAUGUAGCUGCUCUCGUUUCGCGACGGGCUCGGGAGGUCCUCAGUGUUAUCUUUGCCGUUCGCUUCGCCAAUUCUCUUUGCGUCCGUACUUUUUUCCAGCCAGACGAAUAUUUUCAGGUCCUCGAGCCGGCAUGGCAACUGGUUUAUGGAGAGAACAGCGGCGCCUGGUUAACAUGGGUGCGUCGAUAUAGGAUCACCUGUUCUUUACGAAUUGGUUCGCGAUGGAAAGCCUUGCUGAUAGCUCGACAGGAAUGGCGCCAUGCGCUGCGUUCAUCGAUACAUCCUACAGUAUUCGCAUUCGGGUACUUCAUUGUGGAUAGCUUCUGGACAUCUCAUAAUGUCCCAACGAUCAAGGCCAAGUGGCUUCUAAUGGCACCCAAGGUGCUCCAGGCUGCAUUUGCGGCCUUGAGUGACUGGUACACCUGGAAGCUGGCCGAAAAGCUUUAUGGACCGAGGAGCGCGGCUGCUUGGUCUGUCUUAGUAAUGGCACUAAUCAACCCGUGGCAAUGGUAUACGGCCACGAGGACGUUUUCAAAUUGUUUUGAAACCAUGCUGACUGCCAUGGCCCUGUACUAUUGGCCAUGGGAGCUUCUUGGCACGGAAUCUGCUCAAAAGAGCGAGUCUGGAGAUUCUCCUGUCCUCCUGAAUUCGCCGAAACAAGUCAACAGCUUUCGACUAUCACUGUUACUAGCAACCUUCGCAGUACUUUUGAGGCCUACGAAUGUUUUCAUCUGGGUAGCAGUCUGCACUCUGAUGUUAACUCGCUUUACGCUGAGCGGUAGUUCUCCCCUGGAUGGUAGAGUGCUCUUCAUCCUUUUCAGGGAAGCAUUGAUCUGCGGGCCUAUCGCCCUUGGCAUCUCAUUAGCUUGUGACCGCCAGUACUUCGGAGAAUGGAAAUUCCCUCCCUUCUCAUGGCUGUACUUCAACGUUACCAAAGACCUCGCGAAGUUUUACGGGCAGAAUGACUGGCAUUAUUAUUUAUCGCAAGGGAUUCCCCUACUCUGUACGACUAUAACGCCCUUUGUUCUCCAGGGCCUUAUCAAAUCGCUCGAUGCAGAAUCCGCUUUCUCUGUCACUGCCUCGAACACGCUCAAGACUCUUAGUUUUAUCAUUUUCACCACCAUAUCCACUCUGUCACUAGUGUCCCAUAAGGAGAUACGCUUCAUUCAGCCCCUAUUACCUGCUCUUCACAUCCUCGCUGCGCCAUAUGCAACAUCGUUCUUCACGACGCUACCUGUCUCUGGUGUCACGGCCUGUCCUGCCCCGGCACUUGGCUGGAAGCGGAAGCCUCUCCUCGCCGCCAUUUUGCUAGUCAAUAUUGUGAUUGGGGGUUACCUGUCGUGGUUUCAUGCCGCGGCGCCGAUUCAAGUGAUGUCGUUCCUACGAGGCGAAUUUGAGCGCGUACAUCCGGAAUAUCUGAAGUUCGCACGUGCCUCCCUCAACGCAACGGCCCCCCUUGAAGAUGGUAUCAACCAACCCCAAGAGCUCUUCGCUCUUUUUCUAACGCCCUGUCACGCGACACCAUGGCGAUCCCACCUCAUCUACCCGGCGUUGAGCGCCCGGGCGCUGACCUGCGAGCCACCCCUCGACACGGAUCCUAACUCCCUCCAGCGCACCGAGUACCAGGACGAGACGCGCCGGUUCUAUGCGGAUCCCGUGGGCUUCUUAGCCAAGGACAUAUGGCCCCGCGCGGCGCCGGGGGAGCACAUGGCUCGUUAUAUCGUCGGCUUCGAAGGCAUAGAGACGCCACUGCGCAUGUACUUCGACUCAGACGGCCCCGGUGCUAGACAUCAGAUCCAGCCUCGGGAGGUCUGGAGCGCGUGGAAUGGCUUGUUCACUGAUGAUGAGCGGAAGAGUGGCCGUUUGGUGGUUUGGGAGACAGGAUUUUACAACGACUAAAUCGGCGCGUCAAGAGAUAGAGAAGAUAGAUAAGUAGGUAUCUUCAUGUAAAGUUGGUUGUUUCUUGUAUAUGUUCGCAAAGCCGCUAGACGAUGCACAGAAAGUCGGAAUAUG